GACAACUGGUGAGACGACGAAAUUUCCAUGGCUGCUAAAAUUCAAAUUAGUCUCUCUUUAAAUCCAUCCAACAUCCAUGGUUUACUAAUCAACAUCCACCAUGACAAGUAGUAGCAACCAUUUUCUUCCAUAUCUCCUACUUCUCCCACUAUUCCUCUCGGCGGCGGCUGGGGUACGGUUCGGGCCGCUAACUGAUGCGUUGAGGGAGGACAGCUCGUCUUCUCCGAUCAUACGGAUGAAAACGACGGACCAAUAUGGGUCUGAAGAGAUGAUCUGCAGACAAUUAUACGGGUUCCUACCGUGCUCGGAGAGCGUGGGAGGGCAUCUGUUCUUGAUUUUGGUGUAUGAAUAUCUUCUGUUUCAUGGAGAAUCAUACGUUGCUUCGGGUGGAGAGAGGAUUUUCAAGAUUUUGGGGCCUGGUGCGUUUGGCGCUAGUGCUUUUCAGCUCAUUGGGUCCCUCCCUGAAGCCCUCAUUCUUCUCGCUUCGGGUUUAUGGAGCAAUGACGAAACGGCAAAAGAAUGCAUGGUGACUGGAAUCGGGCUUCUAGCCGGUUCGACAAUCUUGCUCCUGACACUCCUUUGGGGCACUUGCAUUCUCCUCGGCGCCCAUAAUUUCCAUUCUCACGCCCACACCAACCAAAACCGUCUUGAAAGAUUCUUGUUUUCACUCUGGCCAGGCUAUGGUGUGUUAACAGAUUCAGACACGAGUUAUACUGCCAGGAUAAUGCUGCUUUCUGUGGUACCACUCACAUUGGUCCAACUACCUGGAAUUUUCAGAUUUUCUCCUACACUAAAACGCCAGUUUUUCCUAGCACUUCUUCUCGUCUCUAUCAUUUUUCUCAUAUCUUACUUCUUUUAUCAGUUUUUUCAACCUUGGAUUCAGAGGCGGCGCUUGCUCUACAUAAAGCACGAGCAUUUAGUCGUUGACAUACUAAAACACGUGCAAAAUCAGACGCAGGGAAGUCUCCUAACCGACAACGGUUCACCAAAUGUAUCCACCAUCAGAAGGCUAUUUGAUGAGAGAGAUGAAGACAGAGACAGGGUGAUCUCAUUCCAUGAGCUGAAGGAGUUUCUGAAAGAAAUCAAGUUCAGAAAAAUAAAGUCGGACGACGAGUCAAAGACGGCUGAGAUUAUGGCGGAGUUCGACAUGGACAAGGAUGAGAAGAUAACGAUGGAUGAGUUCGUGAACGGUAUGAUCAAAUGGCUGGAGGAUACAAAGGAUGCAAUGAGCAAGAGAUAUCACUCUGUUAAAUCACUAAAGGACAUGUACCAGGUUCUUAGACCAUGGAUUCAGAAGAAAAGGGAAGAGAGAGAAAUGAUGCGGCAUCUGAUCCCAGAUAUCUUGGAGCAUCUCCAAAAUUCCGUUUAUGGAAGCCUUUUGUCAGAGGAUGGUGCUCCUGAUCUCCCUGCUAUAAAAAGAUUGUUCAACGACAUCGAUCUAGAUAAGGACAAUUGCAUAUCAUACUUGGAGUUGGAGGAGCUGAUAUCCAGCAUGAAAUCCGGUAUAAUCCCCUACGACCCCAGCACCGCUGCCGCAAAGAUAAUGGAAGAGCUCGAUGUUAACGCCGAUCAGCUCAUCAGCGAGGAGGAGUUCGUCGCAGGAUUGUCCAAAUGGCUCAACACAAUCUAUAAGCACAAAUCAGCCCAAACCCAAAACCAAGACUAUCAAAAAACAUGGGAGCAGACAGACAAGCUGAUCGAGGACAAGUUCAUCGACAAGUCGCCCCUAGCAUGGGGGAAAGCUAUAGCUCUACUACUUCUUGGGAUCGUUAUGCUAGGCCUUCUGGCCGAGCCGCUCAUAGGCAGUGUCCGCGACUUCUCCUCCUCUGCAAACCUAUCCUCCUUCUUCGUUGCAUUCGUCUUCGUGCCUUUGGCAACAAAUGCAAGACUAGCAGUGUCUGCUAUCGCAGAAGCCCGUGAGAAGAAACUCAAGACUAAUUCUCUUACACUAUCCGAGAUAUAUGGUACAGCUUUCAUGAACAACGUUCUGGGACUGACUGUUCUUCUGUCUCUGAUCUAUUUUCGUGGAAUAACGUGGGAUUUUUCGACUGAGAUUGUGAUGGUUUUAGCUGUAUCUGCCAUAAUGGGAUGCCUUGCAAGCUUCAGCACUGUUUUCCCAGUUUGGACAGCCUUCUUUGCUUAUAUGCUCUAUCCACUCUCAUUGAUUCUUGUCUAUGUUCUUGGAAAAUUUGAUUGGUUGUACUGAUCUUGAAAGCUCAGGUCUUACAUAAGAAAUUUUUAAUAACCUAUUGAUCUUAAAAUAUCAGGUCGUACAUAAGGAGUUUGUAGUAUGAUAAAUUUUUAAUAUUUUAUUUGAAAA